UCGUGUGAGGACAUUUGGUCCAACUUUUUCAGUUCUCAUCAGACAACAAAUUCACGAGGUAAACCAUCUUUCGUACGCAGACACACGAACGGAACAUCUGAGAUCUGCUCACAACAGCACAGUUCCACACUUCACUCACCAUCACUACUUCCCAUGCUCACUUCAUCAUCCAACAGAGAAAUGCCCAUGCUCCCAACAGUCCGCCAUAUCCAAAAUCGUCUCAAAGAUCUUCUCUUACUCUUCACCACCCUCCUUAUUUUCUACUUAAUCUUCCUCCUUCACCACCUCCAAAACCCUCAAUCCUCCUUUAACCCAAACCCGAAUUUCUCCAAAACCCCCUCAAUUCCCACUAAUCUUACACUCUCACACCUCUUCUUUUCAAUUGCCGCUUCCUCUUCCUCUUUCUCUAACCGUCGCCGUUACAUUAACCUAUGGUACAAUCCCAAUUCAACAAACGCCGUCGUUUUCCUCGAUAAUCCAAUUUCCAAUUCUACCCUUUCUGUUCCGGCUGUUGUUUCUUCUGACACUUCGAAGUUUCCUUAUUCUUUUCCGUCUGGUCGUCGUUCGGCGAUACGGAUAGCGAGGAUUGUGAAGGAUACCUUUGAUUUGGUGAAAAAUGUGAAUUUUUCGAAUACCCGGUGGUUUAUUUUUGGCGAUGAUGAUACGGUGUUUUUGACGGAUAAUUUGGUUAGGGUUUUGUCGAAGUAUGAUAGUGAGAAGUGGUAUUAUGUUGGAUAUAAUUCGGAGAGUUAUGAGCAGAAUGAGAAGUAUUCGUUUGACAUGGCAUUUGGAGGAGGUGGGUUUGCGCUUAGUGCUCCGUUAGCAAAGGGUUUAGCGAGGGUUUUAGAUUCUUGUUUGAUGAGGUAUCCUCAUUUGUAUGGAAGUGAUUCUAGAGUUUUUGCUUGUGUUGCUGAGCUUGGAGUACGGUUGACACGUGAACCUGGAUUUCAUCAGGUUGAUGUUCGAGGAGAUCUGUUUGGUAUCCUUUCCGCACAUCCAUUAUCUCCUCUGUUAUCACUUCAUCACUUGGAUGCUGUGGAGCCACUUUUUCCUGGCAUGACUAGGAUUCAAGCUGUGGACCAUCUCUUCAAAGCUGUCCAUGCUGAUCCUGCUAGGAUUUUGGAACAAACAGUGUGCUACGACAAGUCCAACUUACUGACUGUUUCAGUUGCAUGGGGUUACGCGGUUCAGGUGUUUGAAGGGAACGAACUUCUUCCAGAUCUGCUCUCGCUGCAGCCAACAUUUAGACCAUGGAAAAGGGGUAAAAAUGUCGCUGCAAAAUAUAUGUUCAACACUAGAGCCUUCUCCAGUGAUCCAUGCAAAAGACCUGUGGUCUUCUUCUUGCAAAAUGUUCUUUCUAGUAGUGAUGGAAUAUGGACUGAAUAUGUUAGAAACGAUACUGCAAACUGCAUAAGAAGUAAUCCUACAAAAAAAUUGGUCAAGAUAAGAGUCUUCUCGCAGAAGCUAGCCUUUGAUGCUGAACAGUUGAAAGUUCCUCGUCGGCCAUGCUGUGACAUUUCAUCACCCAUCAGUGAGACGAUGAUAAUUGGUAUUAGACAAUGUGGGUAUGAUGAGUUGAUCUCAAUGAAGACUUAGUAAGAUCCUCAAAAUUGCUCUAAAAAAUGACCUGUCAAUCCAUGGCUGGACGGACGAGCAGGGAUCAUGCAGACUUUUGACAGGGACUUCAUAGUUUUAAAAGAUUUAUGCGAUUGCGGGAGGGUGUGGCUGUCAUGUAUGUUGCAUCUCUUCUGGAAUGAGUACUAUCAUUUUUCCGCACCUUGGGAGGCUCGUCGAUGCCAGGGAUCUCAUGUUAAAAGCAAGCUCUUUCUGGGUGUGUUCCGACUCACCACUGAAGUUGUUAUUCUUAUGUUUUAUGAACUACGGGUUUACAUUUUAGGAAUUUGUACUGGAGAAAGAUGAGUUAUAUGGUAACUAAUUCUUCAGCCGGCGAUUAGCGUAGGCUGGCCUCAGGAAAGUUUUGUAAGGUGGCACGAAAGGCAUAUAUUAAUCCACAAGAAAUGUAUUAGCUUAGUCCUCAUCAAGCUGUGGUUUUGAAAACAUUUCUUGCUUACAUUUGAUGGAUACAGUUGCAAAUAUUGAGAAUAUGAUCAACAAGCAGCUUAAUAUGCUCAAAAUUAGAAUU